CUGCCGCAUGGGCCAGUCCAUGGCAUACCAUUAACUAAUGCGCGUUUUUUGUACAUGACCUUGGCAGGGAGCGACGAUCUGUUCGACAUUCAGUGAUCCAACUGCCGGAUGAUUUGGCUAGGGCUCAGUGACAUUUCACUGGCCCUACAAUCGCAAUGGACGGUUUGAAACUUGGGGUGAAAUGGGCCAAAAUCGUUUGCAACUUCAUAAAUGCAUUCACUGUUCUCUCCCUUUGAUCGCAAAUUUAUUUACUGCUAUGUGGUAAAUAUUUUGAAUUUCUAUUCAAACCCAACAAUACCUUCUGCCUCGCUAUGAUGGUUGGGUUUUUUAAAUAGUGACUACGCAGCAAAGGUAUGUUUACUGAAACACUUAUCGCCCAAAUUCCUUCCCCACCAGGGAGAUCAACUGGAUGGUAGUGAGAAAGCAAAUUGUAGAUGUAAGGUUCGGGGGUGAAGCAUUGUUAUCGCAUGUUCGUAGAUUUCGCAGUAGUGGGGUGUUUUUCACAAAUGAACAUCAUCAACAAUACCUCCUCCUCACAAUACAAGAUCAUGUAUUGCACACGUAAUACACAUAAAUUAGAUAUGGAUAAAUUAUUAAGUUAUGAAAUUGGUUUAAAUGAUUUUUUAUUUGCACAUAUUAAAGGACAACCAAAAGAGAUUAAAAUACGUAAAACAAGUGAAUCAUUUGGUUUAACAUUAACAGAUAAUGGUUGUGGUGUAGUCAUUAUAAAACGUAUUAAACCUGGAGGUUUUAUGGAUAAAGUAUCUAAAGCAUGUCAUGAUUUAAUACAACCUGGUGAUCAAAUUGAAAAAAUUGAUGAUAUUUCAUUUAAUGGUCGACGUCAUUAUCAUGUAGCAUCUUAUUUACAAAGUAUUCCUAUAACAAAUGUAUUUUGUCUACGAUUAAUUUCACCAGAACGUUGUCCUAUGUAUAUGAUAAGUUCACGUUCAAAAAGUAGAAAUAGUCAUGUUGGAUCAGGCAAACGAACUAUUCGUUUUAAACAAGAUGGAAAUUUAGAAGAAAAUGAGAUUGUAGAUGUUGAAAUUGAAGGAAUUCAAAGAAUUAAUGAAAUACUUGGUGAUAGUCUUGGUUUUGAAGAUAAUGAGCUUGGAUUGCAAGUUAGAGCUUGCUUCGUGAUGCAGUUUGGUGAUUUUCGUAAUAUAUGUCCUAUCCAUUUCUUAAUUUCCUCUUCAGCAAGAAGCUGGUUGUUGCUAAUGAUAUCCGACCAAUGGAUGUUGUGUAUCUUGCGUAGAUAACUAUUUAUAAAUACUUGGUCGUAGUAGUUCUCCAAGUUUCAGCUCCGUACACUAAAACUGUCUGAACGUUCGUAUUGACAAUUUUGACUUUGAUAUUAGUUGACAGAAAAUUGUUUUGAUUUCUAUAAAUAGACAUUGUUAGUUGGUUGCUAACUACAAAUAAAACUAGUGUUAAACACUUUUUCUUCAUUAUUGAUUCAUGUCAAGUACACAGAUCAUGAAAAAUAAAAACAAAACUUCACAUCGACAUAUUUCUCACAUUUUCAAUCAUCAAACUCCGUAUGCUAUCGGUUAAUAAUUUUAUUUACAUACCUAACUUCACUACUCAUAUAUAUCAGUCAUUGUCAAAUCAAAUCAUUGAUUGUUCACUACACUACCAUCUUUUCCUUUACACAAUAAAAAUUGUAACCUCUUUUGUUUGCUCACUGGAAUUCAUAAUGAACGACAUAAAAGUAGUACAUAAAUAAUUAAAAGAAAAGCACUUGAAAGAAAGACAAAAAAAGAGAAAGAAAAAAGAGAGAAAAGAAAAGCAAUUAAAUCGUUAAUCGUUUAUUUUCUCCUACUUAACAAUAGUAUUAUUAUUGAUAAAAUGGAGUACUUUAAUGAAAUCAAUGUGAUACAUUAUCAUAUUAUAUAAUAAGUAAUACAUAAUAAAAUGUAUCCAUCAUAGGAAAUUGACUGAGAGUAUUUAUAUUCAUAAGAAUAAAUAAAUACUAAAUUAAUUCUUUAUUCAUAUUAAUAAAACUAUUAGUAUGUGAGAUCAUGAGUGAAUUGAAAUUAGAUCAACAUGGAAAAUCUGGAAACAUUGGGACUACUCAGCAGUGCGUAUCCACGACCUCGCCUCGCGAGAUUCGAACCCAGGACCUAUUACUUUUGUGCGUAGACGGUUCACCUCUAAACCACUGAGCUGGCUGGUACCCAACAGUGUUAAUGUCUAACAUCAACUAAUCCACCAAAUCGAACGACACAUUUACUAUUGUCUUCAGUGAGUUACUAUUUCAUAAUAGACCAGUUGAACUUCACUGGUCAAUACUUCUCACUAGAACUCCAGGAAAUAAUUCUUAAAGCUAGAUACUAAUGACCAUAUGUUGAUCCAUAUCAGAAAGGUUAAUAGUAAUAUAGUAAUAUAGUAAAUACGAAAAUGUAAAGAAAAUUUUUUGAAUAAAGUGCAUUGUAGGAGAAUAUCAUCUUGUCAAUUGAGAUAGCAAUGAUAAUAAUAUUGUUGUGUGAAUAUAAUAUGUAGUAAGGGGGAUAUUACGGUAAUUAUGAUAAACGAAUUAGGAAUGAUGGAUGUGAAGAUUAAGAUAAAGGCAAUCAAAAAAAGAAGGGGGCAAGAUAUUCAUAAUAUUCAGUUUAGGUAUUCAGUGAUCCAGCAAAUGUAGAGGCUGGCUAUACCUUUUCUGGAUACAUAAGUUUGGUUUUCUGGAGUUGAUCUAGAUGGCUUGGGCUAUGUAGAGUAACCGUGAUGUAGAUCCUUGAGGUAGAUAUUUUGGAACUUGAUAUAAAACAGAGAAAGCUUCCUCUAUUUUGAUAUGAUGUUCAUUAUCUACCAAGUGAGAAAGGAUAGUGCUGUUGAUCGAUUUAGUGACUUCUUUUCCUAACGAUGCUGGUACAUAUUCACGAACACGCAAAAAUAAAGCCCACUGAGUACGGUCUAUGAAAUUAGCUCCACAGGAGCAGUUGAAUUGGUAUACACACAUAGUAUAUUGACUGAUAGACAUCGUGAAGCUAUUCGCAAGCAAAAAUUGAAUGAACACAUUCCUAUCACCAAACAUAAUAAUGGAUCGGGCAUCGUUAUUCUAAACAAGAUAGACUACAUAGAUAAGAUGAAUUCCCUACUGAGUGAUCAAACUAAAUUCCAAAAGCUUGGGUCAUAUAAAGACGGAACGUCAACGAACUGCAGCAUUAGAAAUUUUUUAAACAACAUCAAUACGUCUCUGAGCAUACCUAUGAUGGGCUCAAGCCUUCUGGAACACAUACCUCUCGACUAUAUGGCGCACUUGUGCGAGACACAUAAGCUAAGGGUUCGAAUCCCAUGAGGCGAGAUCGUGGGUGUGCACUGAUGAAGAGUCCCAUAGUAGAACAAAACAACCAUCAAGUGCUUCCCAGGUUUUUCUUGAUAGUCUAACUUCAAUUGACUCAUCAAUUCAACUACUAAAAAUAACUACAAAAUAUGUAUUACAUCGAGUCUGAAAUUUGAACUUUGAAAUAUAAUAUAUUCUCAAAAAGGAGUUUUGUAAAGAUUUUAGUAAUUUCAAUAGUUGAAUUCAUAAGUCAAUUAAAGCUAGACUACCAUGAAAAACCUAAAAACAUUAGACAAACAUUUUGUCUUAGUAUCGGACGCCUUAGCGGUACACACCUACGAUCUCACUCCAGGAGAUUCAUGAAUUCAAACUUUUCAAUAUAACAGAUUGAAAUCAUGAGUCAAGUGAAGCUAGACCACCAUUCAAAACCUGGAAGCAUUGGACGGUCGUUUCGUCCUAGUAAGGGAUUCCUCAGCAGUGCGCAUCCAUGAUCUCUCACCCCGCGAAAUUCAAACUCAAGACCUAUCAAUCUCGCGCCAGGUGCUUAACCAACUAGACCACUGAGCCGGCAUCCAAUCGUGAUAAUGUUUAACUUCAACCAUACCACGAAGUUGUGCCACCAUAAACCAUUUUCUUCAGUGAAUUGAUAUCUCACAACAGACCUGGUUAAACUGCAAUAUCAUAUAGUUUUCAAAAGAUAUUUUCAUGUUUAAUCUCAUGUUUAUUGUUAUUUAUUCUUUUGUUUUGUUUUUGUUUGUUUGUUUUUGUUUUUGUUUUCUUUUUUCUUUCUUUUCUUUCUUUUAAUAAUUAGCAUUCUAUCUAUAUAAAUUAGCUAAAUCAUCAAUAAAUCCAAAUGAUUUAGAACAACAUAUGAAUAGAAAUAAUAAAUUAUUUGAAUUUAUAUUACCUAAAACAUUAAUUCAUUUAUUAUGGAAAACAGCUCAUUUCAAUGAAUCUAAUUCAAUGAAUCAUACUAAAUAUAAUGAUCAUUACCAUUGAAAGUUUUAUAAUUUAAUGAAAUGAAUGAAUAUCAUAUUAUAUAUGAUAGUGAUUCUAUCAUUGUUGGUUUAUGAAUAAAUAUACAAUUUCAUGUAUGUGAUAAUAUAGAAUAGGUGAAACAGAAUUUUCACUACCGGUGAAAAGAAGACAUUACUAUCUAUCAAUCAUCCACUCUCCCUCUCUCUCUCCCCCUCUUUCUCUCUCUCUCGUUAUUCUUCCCCUAUUCUUCUGCCUGCGCUCUAUUUCUCUGUCGCAUGUCUACCCGUUCCUCAUUACUAUCUCUCAUUCUAUCUCUCUCUCUCUCUCUCUUGUUAUCCUUCCCCUACUCUUCUGAAUGCGCUAUUCUUCUCUAUCCCUCGUAUAAACUUCUGGGCGUUCUCUUUCUCACUCUCUUUAUAUCCCUCUCUUUUUCUUUCUAGGUUACUUGUAAUUAUAAGUUUGGAAAAUAGUUUAAUUGAAAACGCUUUAUUGAACGAUGUAUAAUUUUCAACGCUUUAAAUAUGAAUAUAUAUUGAAUGAAAUUAUUUUAAUGCAUAAUUUAUCUGAUUAUUGUGUGUACAUUUUAUUGAUAUAUGAAUAAUAAUAUUUAUUCAUUUAAAUAAGUUGAUGAUGGAUAUCAUUCAGACCAUCAAAGAAUAUGGGUAUGCUUUUAGUGAAGUCAGAUUACUGUAUAAAAUUAUAUAUACGUGACUUCAAGAGGUAUUUCCUGAAGUUCUAGUGAGAAAUAGUGAUAAGUGGAGUUCAGUCGGGUCUGUUGUGAGAUAGUGGCACAUUGAAGAUAAUGGUGGGUGGGUCACUCAAUUUAGUGGAUUAGUUGAAGCUAGACACUAACACAGUUAGAUGCUGACAGGCUCAGUGGUGUAAAGGUUAAGCGUCCGAGCGCUGGACCGAAGGUCUUCGGUUUGAAUCGCGUUUGUAGGAUCGGAGAUGCGCACUGCUGAGGAGUCCCAUACUAGUACGAAUCAACCAUUCACUUCUUUCACGUUCGCAAUGGCAGUCUAGCUUACAUUGACUCGCGAAUUCAACUAUUAAAGUUACUAAAAUCUCCACAAAAUCCCUUCUGAUACUAAGAAAUUCAGUGAUUAUUCCUAACGGUUAACUUGCAACCGUUUGAUUUAUAAAUUGUAUCUAACACAGACUGUUCGUUUUGAAGACGAAUAUUGAACUAGUGUUUCGUCACAGCAUAGAGCUUCUCAACCAUCUAAACACUUCGAAUAAACAAUAAUAGUCAGCAUUUUAGUAGCUUAUUGUUGUUUUAAAGAAAAUUAGUAAGUAAUAGAUUUUUUACACAUAUGGAAGGAAACAAUCAUCAGAAGUAACACCAAAUGUUUGUUGUAUAACAGGCUAAUUUUCACUUUAGGUUGCAAAUGUAAAUCAAAAUUUAUAUUAAAACAAAAUGUAAUUAUAAAAUGACAUUAGCCCAGUAAAUUAUUGGAAACUAACGAUAAUGCUUUUUGCGAAGGAGAACUAUAUGUGGGAACUACCAGAUGUAUUUUAAACAUAAAACUACAGAAUAUCUUCGCAAAAUACUGAUUACUUCAUUAGCAUAGUUACAUCAUUUAUCCUUCACAUUCUUUUUGACUUUUCCAAUUCACAAUUUUUUUCUAUUUUCACUUCUAUUCUCUUUAAUUCGAGCUUUUUGAACUUCCGCUGCCAGGUUUUCCAUUUCUGCUCGGUGUUGCAUACUACUUAUGUCUGUCGACAGAAGUAGCAUACACAACAUUCUUACCUAGAUACGUUUGUUACCCCUUUGGAGCAUAAGCCGUUGAUCAGAAAUCUAGAACCAACUCUGUUCUGAGUUCUCCUUUCCAGUUGUUCCCAAGUAUCCUUGAUUGUAACUCCCUUUCAUCUGAUUAUUGGUUAUAUAUAACUGUCAUUUAUUUUUCUAGUUGUUCAAUGAAUUGAAUCGAUUUCUCAAUGAUUAUUGAUUACUGAUUGAGAUGAGCGUCGAGCUCCCGAAAAUUUUCUGUCAUUCUUAGCGUUCUUUCUAUACAGAAUCUUAGCAUUUUCCCAAUUAAAAUGUGUUCACAAUUGCCCACAUGCAUUGAUAUAAGCAAAGAUAUAUUGUGGCAUUCCAUCGCUAGUUGGUUUUCAUGCAGGUGAAGAUAAAGGAGGCGUCCACUUUGUUCGAUGUAGUCUUUUUUUAAUAAGAAUAGCUCAUUUUGUAGAUAAUAUUCGACUUUUCUUCUCUUUAUCAUUUCAUACGGUAAUUCGCAUAAGAAUGAUUGAUGUGAGUUUACUAGUUAAUCUUCUAAGAUCUUGUACGUAGGAGUAUAAUCCAACAUUCUUAUUGUUUAUGAGUUUUGGAACACCGAUGAACUUUCCAUCCAAUUCCGGUAUGUAUUCAAUGCGACAGUGACCUUGGAAUUGUAUUAUUUUAAGUGAAUCACAGUGAUACGUUUAAAGUACACUGAUUAGGUCUUUUAUUAUGCCUUGAUUUUGUUAACGUAUGCAAACACCUAUAGCCAACAUUUUAAUAUACCUCGAAAAUGCUAUAGACACAUGUCUUACGAAUCAAAAGAUCUUUCAUUCUAUUGAUCAUUUAUUUAUUUAUUUAUUUGAACACAUAAAUAUUGGUACAAGAGGGCACCAAAUAGAUAUGUGUCACACAAAACAAUGAGAAUUUGAAGAGAAGGAAAAAAGGGUAAGUAGCGUAAAGAAAGAACGAUAACGAACAGAUAAUAAUAAUAAUAAUGGGGGAAACAGAAACGUACAAUCAGAAGAAAUCUUUCACUUAACGAAAAAGCAACCACUUUUUAUGAAGAACGUAAAUGAAGGUUACAGUAGGAUCGCCACUGCCUUCUAUUCUGAGCCAUAUCUGAUAACGUCUCUACUCGAGAACACUUAGAUAGAGCCGAAUUCUCACCAUACGCGAGCUGCUGUAUAAGUCAAAAAAUAAGGAUAGACAGAGUAGGAAUAAAAGAGAGUGAAUAAAUGACGUAGUGAAUAAUAAUGAUAGUAAUAAUAAUAAUGUGAAUCGUUUGAUUGUUAAUUGAAGCGAGAAAAGUAUUUUCCAUAAUUAUCGACAGUUUGUCAUAUCUGUGUGUGGGCUGUGAUACCGCCAGGCUGCCCAGACUGAAGCAGGUGGUUUUUUUAGGGGGCAACACCCCGAGCCUUUGACCUAAAUGUUUAACCCACAAGGCAGUGGAGCAUCGUGAGGAGAUGCAGUCUCAUGGUACCCGAUGACCGAAAAUUGGUUCAUACGCCAUUUGUUCCCGCAGGGUACUGGAGCCUAUGUGCAUCAUUGAUUUGGUUUGGGAUCCGAUUAAAGCGCCGGACAUUCGCUUUUCGUCCUCUCAUUUUCGUAAACAACACCCACGCCACGAGAAGGCAAUGAGUAGGACUCCCCUGGCAGAGGCUGUACUUUUAUUGGCUUUCCUAAAGAGAUAAACAUCGAACGAUUCAUGGUCUUAAUGAAAAACGCAACAAUCUCCACUUAUCCAUAUUAAUAAUAAACAUGUGCUCACUAAUGACUAGGUUUAUAUGGAAAUUCUCGGAGUUCUAAUGGGAAGUCUUAACCAGUAGAACUCAUCGGUGUCAGACAGAAACAAGUAUCUGCUUCAGACAAUGGAUGGAUAUUUGCACAUCCAUUCAUAGAUCGAUGGACUUUAGACAAUAACAUCGUGAAAUACCGGCUCAUUGGUCUAGAGGUUAAGGGUACGUGCGCUAGACCGUAGGUCUUGGAUUCCAAUCGCACUUGAGAGAUUCAUAAACCCCAUUCUGUUGAUAAUAAUAAUAAUAACAUACUUGUUAAUAAAAACUAUUUAUGAAUAAUUUGUAUGAUAGUACCACUACAUAAUCGUAAUAAAUUCUAACCAGUAAUGAUGAUUAAUUAGUUGAUUGACAAAAG